AUGGGUAUCAACAAGGACCUUCACAUAGCCAUCAUCGGCGCAGGCAUGGGUGGCCUCGCCACGGCCCUGGCGCUGGCGAAGGAAGGUUUCACGCAUAUCGAUGUCUACGAGGCUGCUUCAGACCUCGGCUUUGUGGGUGCUGGUAUCCAGCUGGCUCCCAACAUGGCCCGCAUCCUGGACAGGCUAGGCGUCUGGAAGCCAAUCGCAGCUGAUGCGACCAAGAUGGAAGGGGCAAGCAUCAGAAAGGGUGCAACAAAUGAGGAGCUGGCAUAUUCUAGCAUGAUGUGGAUCCCCGAGGCGUAUGGAUAUCAACACAUGGUGGGCCACCGCGCGUCACUUGCCGGUGAGAUCUACGAGGGAGCCAAGCGGGAGAAGGCCAUCAACUUCAAGUUUGCGUCUCCCAUCACAGAGGUCAAGACCUUCUCGUCGCGGCCAACCUUUGUUGUAUCUCCGAGGAAAGGAGGAGGUGAGCCGUACACCGUGGAGUGCGACGUGCUGCUCGGCGCAGACGGCGUCAAGUCACAGGUGCGGGUGUCGAUGCUCAAGGAGCUCAAGGUGGACGGCAAGGUGGUCGACUCAGGCCAGGCGGCGUACAGGAUCAUGCUCGAUAGGGACCAGAUGAAGGACGACCCUGAGCUGCUGGCGCUCAUCGACGGGAACCAGAGCACGCGGUGGAUCGGCGAGAAGAAGCACAUCAUCGCCUAUCCGGUAUCAUCAAAGACCAUCUACAACAUCUCCACCGCACAUCCAGACACCAACUUUGCCGCCGCCCCUGACGAGACGUACACGACGAGGGGCAGCAAGGAGUCCAUGCUAGCCGUGUACGACGACUUUGCGCCCAUCUGCAAGAAGAUGCUCAACAUGGUUCCCGAGGCCGAGGUCUGCGAGUGGAAGCUCCGCGUGCACCAGCCGCUGCCCACCUGGGUCCACGGCACCACGGCCCUCAUCGGCGAUGCGUGCCACCCUACACUGCCCCAUCUCAACCAGGGUGCGGCCCAGGCCAUCGAGGACGCAGCCGUCAUCGCCAUCGCCCUUGCAAGGACGCCAGACGCGAGCCCAGAGAGUAUCAACAAGUCCCUGAAGGUGUACGAGAAGCUGAGGAAGGAGAGGGCUGAGGCGUGCGUGGCGAUGGCUGCGGCCAACGGCAAGGAGAUGCAGCUUGGAGAUGGUGCUGCCGCCGCCGAAAGAGAUGCCGCCUUCAAGGCCUUCAAGGAGAACGGCGAAGGCAAAGUCCCUGACAAGGCUGCAGACAAGGGCGUCCUCAGCUUCAUUUAUGAGUGGGAUGCGUCCAAGGAGACGGAGAAGCAGUACGAGAGCAUCUUCCAAAGCCUGUAA